CGGAGUGCUGCGUUAAGCGGAGGGAUUGCCGCUCGCGCUUCUCGCUAGUCAACAACCGUCAAAUGACACACUUUUGAACUAUUGCAUGAUUGUUGGACUCAGUCCUCCAAGACGGAGAUCGGCGCAGUUUGUCUGGUUUGACAAAUGUGACUUUCAGAACGAAACGAUUUUUAAAAGGGUGACUAAGUCAGUCAAACGUAGUACUGGUAGCCGAGUUAGCUAACGAAUUAGCUUGAAACAUGCCGAAUUUUUGCGCGGCCCCAAACUGCACACGGAAGAGCACACAGUCGGAUUUGGCUUUUUUUCGCUUUCCAAGAGACCCUGGAAGAUGUCGAAUUUGGGUAGAAAACUGUCGCAGAGCGGAUUUGGAGGCCAAAACGGCCGAUCAGUUAAACAAACAUUACCGAUUGUGUGCCAAACAUUUCGACCCGGCCCUGGUGUACAAAACAAGCCCUUACAGGACGGUGCUGAAGGAUACGGCCAUUCCCACCAUCUUCGAUCUGACCAGCCACUUGACCAAUCCUCGCGUCAAACACCGCAAGCAGAUCAAAGAACUUACGGAGGAGGACCUAAGAAGAAUCAAGGAACGAAGAUUGGCAUCAUCUGCUGAAAAGUCCCAAAAAGACGCGGCCGCCGAAGAGCCGAUCCCAGAUGAACCGCAGAUGUCUGCAGAGGAGAAGCAGCUGCGUGAUUACCUGCGCUCCCUGUUUGAAGUGAUCCUGAUGCUGGCCAAACAGUGCAUCCCCUUGGAGACCUUCAAAGGCCUGGACGGCGACGACGCGCCCAACAACUUCCAGGCGCUGUUGGAGUAUCGCAUGCACGCCGGCGACGAGGCCCUGAGGAAGCGCUUCGAAGCCACGGCUGUGAACAGCGAGUUCCUCACCUCGGCGCAGCUCUGCCAACUGCUGGAUGUGUGCGAGAACACGGUGCGAGAAGAGGUGUUGAUGGAGGCCAGGGAGGGACGUUUCUUCUCGCUGGUCACCGACGACUUGGUGGACUUUGGCGGCGACAAGCACCUGCCGCUCUUCCUUCGCUUCGUCAACCAGCACAACGUCCUGCGCGAAGAGUUUUUGGACUUUGUGCCGUUCGACGGCGACGAGCAGGCGCUGGUGGAGCGUCUGGAGGCGCAGCUGACUGAUCGCUGGGGGCUCGUUAUGGAGGAUUGCCGCGGGCAGGCGCACAAGGUGACCGGGGCGUCGGCCACCAAGAUGAAGGCGGUGGCUGUGCACCUGGUGGAGAAGUACCCGUUGGCCCUCUACAUGCCCUGCUCACGCAUGGCGCUCAACAUCCACCUGGCCAACAGUCUGCCCUUCCCCAACGUGCAGGUGCUCAUGGAGACACUCAGGAGGUUGGCUUCCUUCUUCAAGAGCGCUGCGACGCAUGCCGUGCUGACCGCCCGCAUCUCGGCUCACUACCAGAAAAGCGACGAAAAGGUGGCGGCGCUCCAUCAGGCCUGCGGCCACGGCUGGACCGAGCGACACAACGUCUUCGACGUGCUCCUCGACAUCCUGCCGCCGCUCAUCGCCUGCUUGGACGUCAUCCACAAGAAUGCCGACGGCGCCUUCGAAAGCGAGGUGGCGGUCGACGCGUACUCCCUCGCCGAGACCCUGGCAGACUUUGAGAUGGUGAUGACCGCCGUGGUCCUGAAAAGCGUCCUCACCUUCACGCGGGCGUGGCCGUAA